CUAAGACUUAUCUUCAAUACAUCUCUUGUCAAUUGGCCUGACAUUCGCAUAUCUUGAAUUUCUUUUCUACGCCAUUCUAAACAUUUUACGUUAAAAAAGAAAUAGAGAAAAAUAUGUGUGCAGUAUAAAAUAUUUCGCCCAAUUUAUAUAACUUUAAUAAGUAAAAGCUUUUGAAGGAAAUAUAAAUCGAGGAAAUGCCGCGAAAUCCGAAUGCUGAGCGUGACAACCCGUGUUUGCACGAGCAGGAACUCUCAUAUAAGUGCCUUAGCAAACACAACUACGACAGGGAAAAGUGUGAAGUUUAUUUUGCAAACUACAACAAUUGCAAAGAUUUUUGGAAUAAAGUACGAUCUGACCGUCGUGCCAGAGGCAUUGUGCCCUAUCUGCCACCUGUAGAAGAACGCAGUAAUAUCAAAUCCGAGUAUAUGAACUCCAAGCCAACGAACGUUUAGACCAAAAUUUUCACAAAAAAUGCACUUUUGUAAAUAUUGUUAUUUUUUAUAUAUAUUAAACGAUAAUUUGUAAUGCAUAAAGUAA